AUGGGCCUUCAUGAAUCAGUACUGAACCAAGUGUCGUACGUGCGGCCCGCCGAGCCGACUUUCCUGGCUCGCUUCAAAGAAAGGGUCGGUUACAGGGAAGGACCCACUGUUGAAACCAAGAGAAUCCAGCCUCAGCUCCCAGAUGAAGAUGGUGAUCACAGCGACAAGGAAGAUGAACAACCUCAAGUGGUGGUUUUGAAAAAGGGAGACCUAUCAGCUGAAGAAGUCAUGAAAAUUAAAGCAGAGAUAAAGGCUGCCAAAGCAGAUGAAGAACCAGCUCCAGCUGAUGGAAGAAUCAUGUAUCGAAAACCAGUCAAGCGUCCCUCAGAUGAAAAAUAUUCAGGUUUAACAGCAAGCUCAAAAAAGAAAAUGGCAAAUGAAGAUGAAAUAAAUAAGGACUCAGUUAAAAAGAACUCACAAAAGCAAAUAAAAAACAAUAGCCUCCUUUCUUUUGAUAAUGAAGAUGAAAAUGAAUAAGCAUACACAUUUUGGACUUAGUCUCCUUGGGGAGUAUAAGGGGUAUUUUUUUUUAAUAACUUUUUUUUCCUAUUUUAAAGAUAAUACAAGUUCAUUAUAGGAGAUUUAGAAAAUACAGAAAAAAAUUUAAUAAGAUAAAAACUAUGUCCAGCUUUCAAUACCCCUCUGACUUGAAAUGCUAACAGUAUAAAAGUUAACUACCAUUAAUAUUUUAUUUCUCAUAUGUGUGGGUGUGCCCCUGUAAAUUAUAUAUUUUUUAAACAAAAUUGAGAUUUUAUUGUAUAUGUUCAGUGUCCUGCCUCUCACUUGACAUUAACUGUGAACAUUUUCCAAGUCAAAAAACUUUAAAACCUGACAUUUAUAGCUACAAGGGAUUUCAAAAUUAAAUGGAACCCCUAUUGCAUCCUUCUUAUUAGUGGAACCCUGCUUAGGGUGAGGGAGAUGAUAAUGUGCCUAAUUAAAAAUACCUCCCCAACUCCUGCUAGGGGAGGCCGUAUGACUCAGCUCUGGCAAAAUUAAGAGCUACAAGUGGAAGUCUGCUCAGUAAAGCUACUGGGGUUUUUUUGUACAAAAGGGAAAGCCUGAACCUUUGCCAUUUUCCCUUUAUACUGCCUGGAGCACGGACUUGGAACCUAGAAGUACCUAGACAUGUUUAGGCAUGAGGAAGCCAGCCACUUGCUCUGGAUGAUACAGUGGA